AUGUCUGGCUGUGACAGGAUGCUACGGACACUGGGAGGAAAUCUCAUGGAGUUUAUUGAAAACCUGGAUGCCCUCCACAGUUACCUGGCACUCUCUUAUCAGGAGAUGCAUGCACCGUCGUUUCGUGUGGAGAGAGGAGCAGAUGGGAAAAUGUUUCUCCAUUACUACUCAGAUAGAAGUGGUCUCUGCCAUAUUGUACCAGGUAUCAUUGAGGCUGUGGCCAAAGACUUCUUUGACAUUGAGGUAACCAUGGACAUUUUUGACAUGAAUGAAGAAGUGGAGAGGACAGGGAAGAAGGAGCAUGUUGUGUUUCUGAAGGCUCACAGGAAGAUGAGAAAGGCAAAGUCAGAAAGGCUACAAGACAGUCAGUGCAUCGAGAGAGACCAAGAGGCCCUCCAGGCAGCUUUCCUCAGGAUGAAGGAGAAAUAUUUGAAUGUUUCUGCUUGUCCUGUGAAAAAAUCCCACUGGGAUGUUGUGAGAAGCAUGGUCAUGUUUGGAAAAGGGCAUCUCAUGAACGCCUUUGAGCCAAUUUAUCCUGAGAGACUCUGGAUUGAAGAGAAGACAUUCUGCAACGCUUUUCCUUUCCACAUUGUAUUUGAUGAAUCACUACAGGUGAAGCAAGCUGGAGUGAACAUUCAGAAGUACAUGCCAGGACUCCAAACCCAGAAGAUUCAACUGGAUGAGUAUUUCUCCAUCAUUCAUCCUCAAGUUACCUUCAACAUUUUCAGCAUCCCCAAAUUUAUCAACAGUCAAUUUGUCCUGAAGACAUGAAGAGAAAUGAUGCCUGUAGCAUGGUAAAGUCAGACCACACUCAAAUUUCGAGGCCAGAUGAUCUGGAUGGAGUCCAUGCAGUGCAUGGUGUACCUGUGCUCUCUGAAGCUCCGCAGCCUGCACGAGCUGGGACUCAAUAUGCAUCUUUCUGACAGACCCGAUGACACCACCAAGGAUCUCAUCCUCCUGAACCAGCAGCGGCUGGCUAAGAUAGAGUUGUCCAACCAGCUGGAAAUGAAGAAGAAGGAAGGGCUACGGGUCCUCUCCAAGCACUUGGCCACUGAAAAGAAAAAAACAGAGACCUUGCUUUAUGCCAUGCUGCCCAAACAUGUGGCCAACCAGCUGAGGGAGGGCAAAAAGGUGUCUGCAGGAGAAUUUAAAAACUGCACGAUUCUUUUCAGCGAUGUGGUGACAUUUACUGACAUCUGUGCUGCCUGUGAACCUAUACAAAUAGUGAACAUGCUGAACUCCAUGUACUCCAAGUUUGACAGAUUAACCAGUGUGCACGCAGUCUAUAAAGUAGAAACAAUAGGAGAUGCAUAUAUGGUGGUAGGAGGUGUACCAGUGCCUACUGGAAGCCAUGCUCAAAGAGUGGCUAAUUUUGCCUUGGGGAUGAGAAUUUCUGCAAAGGAAGUGAUGAAUCCUGUUACUGGAGAACCCAUCCAGAUCAGAAUGGGGAUCUACACUGGACCAGUCUUAGCAGGUGUUGUAGGAGACAAGAUGCCACAGUACUGCUUAUUUGGUGACACUGUGAACAUAGCUUCUGGGAUGGAAAGUCAUGGGCUUCCCAACAAAGUGCACCUCAGCCCCACAGCCUACAGUGCCUUAAAAAAUCAAGGGUUUGAAAUCAUUGAGAGGGGUGAAAUCAAAGUGAAAGGUAAAGGGAAAAUGACCACACACUUUUUGAUCCAGAACUUGAAUGCCACAGAGGACGAGAUCAUGCAGAGAUCUAAAACCCCACUUGAUCACAAGGGGUCAACACAGAUGGUGUCCCUGCCCACCACCAAGUUCCAAGGCUCAGUUCAACCAUCUUGCCCUGAACACUCUUCUCUUGUAUCCUGGUUAUUAUGA